AUGGUCAUGAACACGGCCAUCAAGUACGCCAACUGCAUCGCGCUGGGCUCCAAGCACAGGAACGGCUGGCACCUGCUCACCUACGUCGAGUACUACGAGGAGUGCCGCCGCGCAGCCAAGGCCUUCCUCAAGCUGGGCCUGGAGCGCUUCCACAGCGUGGGGAUCAUGGGGCUAAACUCACAGGAGUGGGUCAUCGCCAGCAUCGGUGCCAUCAUGGCAGGAGGCUUCUCUGUUGGCAUCUUGUCCACCAACUCCCCGAAGGCCUGCCAGGUCAUCGCCGAAAGCUCGGAGAUAGACAUCUUUGUGGUGGAUAACGACAGACAGCUGCAGAAAGUCAUCCAGAUCCAGGGCUACUUGAAACACCUCAAGGCCAUCGUCCAGUACAAGGAGGAGAUCCGGACCCGGCUGCAGAACCUGUACUCCUGGAGAGGGUUCCUGGACCUGGCGGAUGGCAUCUCGGAAGACACGCUGGACCGAGUCAUCGACUCCCAGAAGCCCAACCAGUGCUGCACCCUGGUCUACAGCCUGUCCGUUACGGGCCCCCCGAAGGCCAUGAUGCUCAGCCACGACAAUAUCACCUGGACCACGGUGGCCACCGCCCAGAGCCUGUCUUACAAGUGCCCCCCGGAGGAGCAGGAGGUCCUGGUGAGCUACCUCCCUCUCAGCUACAUGUCGGCCCAGCUCUUCGACAUGUGGAUCUCCAUCUUCGUCGCCGGAGCCCUCUACUUCGCCCAGCCCGACGCUCUGAGGGGCUCCCUGGUCGACACGCUGCAGGAGGUGAAGCCCACCACGUUCCACGGCGUCCCCUGGGUCUGGGACAGAUUGCUUGACAGCCUCAAGACCAACCAGCUCGCCUCGAGCCCAUUCCGGAGGAGGAUAGACAAGCAGCUCCAUCCGCCGCUGUGCUUCAGCCUGGCCAAGAAGCUGACCUUCAACCAAGCCAGGAAGUCCCUGGGCCUGCAUCACUGCCGGCAGUUCUUCAACUUGGGCCUGGGGCUCCCCAGAGCCACCAUGGAUUACUUCCUCAGCCUCAACAUGCCCAUCUUCGAGCUGUACGGCUUGUCCGAGAGCACGGGCAUCCACACGCUCUCCAGGCAGCAGGACUUCCGGCUGCUGAGCUGCGGGAAGUCCCUCCCCAGCACCCACACCAAGAUGCAGAGAGAAGACGAGGAGGGCAUUGGGGACAUCCACAUCUGGGGCCGGAACGUCUUCAUGGGGUAUCUCAACAACGAGGAGAACACCCAGGAGAAGAUUGAUGUCCACGGCUGGCUGCACACGGGGGACCUGGGGUUUUUGGACACUGACGAAUUCCUCUACAUCGUGGGCAACGCCAGAGACAUCAUCACCCUCAGUUCGGGGGAGAGGAUCAACCCGAACCCCAUCGAGGCGCGGGUGAAGAGGCACAUUCCCAUCGUGCGCUACGUCGUGGUGGUGGGUCAGGACGCGCCCUACCUGUGCGCCCUGCUCACGCUGAAGUGCCAAGUCAACACGGACACGGGGGAGCCCCGGAACGCGCUGACCAGUGAGGCGGUGGCCUUCUGCCGGCACCUCAGGAGCCAGUCCACCAGGCUGUCGGACAUCGUUUACGACGGAGACCCAGUGGUGCUGGAGUUCAUCAGUCAGGGGAUCGACGCCGCCAACGCGGAGGUCAGCUCAGACAGCGCCAAGAUCGUCAAGUGGACCAUCCUCGAGACGGACUUCUCCGUGGCUGGAGGGGAGCUGGGGGCCACCACCAAACUGAAGAGGGCCAUGGUGGCCAAGAUCUACCAAACUGAAAUUGAGAGAUUUUACGAGGAGGACGAGGAGUCCUAG